AUGUUCUUUCUUUCGUUUUGCACUGAUUUCUUUUUCUUCCUUCCUCGUUUCCUUCCUUCAGGAACGAAAGAACGAAUGAAGAUUUCACUUACUUUCCUUCAUUCCUUCCCUCCCUCCUUUCUACUUUCAUUCCUUCCUCUUUUUCUGCCUUCCUUCCUUCCUUCCUUCCUUCCUUCCUUCCUUCCUUCCUUCCUUCCACUCUUCCUUCCCUCUUUCCUUCCUUCCUUCGUUCUUCUUUUUCAGAUUUCACUUAGUUUACUUCUUUCCCUCUUCCUUCUUUCCUUUCUUCCUUCCUUCCUUCCUUCCUUCCUUCCUUCCUCUCUUCCUUACUUUACUUCUUUCCCUCUUCCUUCCUUCCUUUCUUCCUUCCUUCCUUCCUUCCUUCCUUCCUCUCUUCCUUACGUCUUUCCUUCCUUCCCUCCUUCCUCUUUUUCUGAUUUCACUUACUUUCCUUCUUUCCCUCUUCUUUCCUUCCUUCCUUCCUUCCGUCCUUCCUUCCUUCCUUCAUUCCCUCCUUCCUCUCUUUCAGAUUUCACUUACUUUCCUUUUUCCCUCUUCCUUCCUUCCCUCUAUCCUUCCUUCCUUCUUUCCUUCCUUCCUUCCACUUUUUCAGAUUUCACUUACUUUCCGUCUUUCCCUCUUCCUUCCUUCGUUCCCUUUUUCCACUUUUUCAGAUUUCACUUACUUUCCUUCUUUCCCUCUUCCUUCCUUCCUUCAUCACUUCCUUCCCUCUUUCAUUCCUUCCUUCCUUCCUUCUUUCCGUCCUCGCUUCCUUCACUCUUUCCAUGCUUCCUUCUUUCCUUCCUUCCUCUGUUCCUUCCCUCUUUCCUUCCUUCCUUCGCCUUUUAUAGAUUUGUCAUACAUUCUUCUUUCCCACUUCCUUCCUUCCUUCCUCUCUUCCUUCCCUCUUUCAUUCUUUCCUUCCUUCCUCUCUUCCUUCCUUCUUUGCUUCCCUUCUUCCUCUUUUUCAGAUUUCACUUACUUUUCUUCCUUCCUCUCUUCCUUCUUUCUUUCCUUCCUUCCUUCCCUCCUUCCUCUCUUCCUUCCUUCCUUCCCUCCUUCCUCUCUUCCUUCCUUCCUUCCUUCCCCCCUUCCUUUCUUCCUUCCUUCCCUCCUUCCUCUCUGCUUUCCUUCCCUCCUUCCUUCCCUACUUCCCUCCUCUUUCAAAUUCCGUUAUUCCUUCCAUCCUUCUUCACCGUUUCUUUCCCUUCCUUCGUCAAAUUUCACUUUCCUUCAGCUUUUGGCCUUCGUUACUUCAUUUUCUUUGUUUGUCUGCUUUUUUCUUUCUGUCUUUCUUUUCUUUCUUUCUUUCUUUGUCUGUUUUUCUUUCUGACUUUCUUUCUUUCUUUCUUUCUAUUUUCUUUCUAUCCUUUUACUUUCUUUCUUCACUUUCAUAUUCCUUCCUUCUCUUUCAUCUUCCUAACUUAUUUUUCUUUUCCACUGUCUUCACGUGCUUUUCCUUGUCUCUUCCGUUCUUUCUCCACGUUUUUAAAUUGUUUAUUUUUCCCGUUUAUUUUUUUCUUUUUUUAUUUCUUUAACUUUGCGUUCUUUCUUCUUUCUUCUUUUCUUUUUUCUUUCCCAAUCUUCAUUAUUUUUUUUUCAUUGAUAUUUACUCAUCUGUUUUAUUUUCCUUUUUCCUUUUCUUUCUUUCUUUAUUUCGUCUUUUUUAUCUCUCACCUUCUCACUUUCGUUUUAUUGACAUUGUUCGUCUUUUUUCUUUUUUACUUCUUUUUUUUAUUGCUUUCCGGCUUUUCUAGAAUCCUUUUUCUCCUUCAUUCGUUUUUUGUUCUCCUGUUGUUCCUUGGUCUUUUCUUUCACUCUUUCUUCUUUGAGUCUAUCCUUGAUUACUUCUUCCACACAAGAUUCGUGCUGUUGUUACCAUUCAACACACUCCGAUUCUUUCCCGCCUCUCAGAUUACUUAUUCCCUGUUGAAUAUUAAUAUUACUCCAUUCUUGCUUCUCCUCGUUCAUUUUUUUUUUUGCGUUGCUUUCCUUUCUUUAUUGUUUUCUCUUUUUUGUUCUCACAUCCGAUUCCUAUAUUCUUUACUUGCUAUUUCUUUCUUUCGUCAGAUUCCUAUCAUUUUUACAUGCUUUGCUUUGCUUUUUCUUUCUAUCUUUUUCUUUCUUUUUUCAUCUUAUAACUUUUAUUUACUUCUCAUUGUUCUUUAUUAUUCUUUCUUUCUUUCAUUCUUUCUUUCUUUCUUUCUUUCUUUCGGCAGUUCAUACCAUCUUUACAUGCUUUUCUUUGCUCUUUCUUUUUUUCUUUCUUUCUUUCUGCGGUUUCAUACCGUCUUUAUAUGCUUUUCUUUGCGUUUUUUUCUUUUCUUUCUUUCUCUUUCUUUUUCCAUGUUUCUACAUUCUUCUACUUGCUUCUCAUUGUUCUUUCUUUCUUUCUUUCUUUCUUUCUUUCUUUCUUUCUGCAGGUACAUGCGGUCUUUACAUGCUUUUCUUUGCUAUUUCUUUCUUUUUCUUUCUUUCUCUUUCCAUCUUACUACAUUCUUCUACUUGCUUCUCAUUGUUCUUUCUUUCUUUUUGCAGCUUCCUACCGUUUUUACAUGCUUUUCUUUGCUCUUUCUUUCUUUUUUUCUUGUUCCAUCUUCUCAUUGUUCUAUCUUUCUUCAGAUUUCUACACUCAUCCUUACAUCGAAAAUUGCUUUGCUAUAUUAUUUAAUUAUUUAUUCACAUUUCUACCGCCAUUAUUUUCUUUCCCUUGCUCUUUCUUUCUUUUUCUUUCUCUUUGUUUCUUACUUCCUUCAUAGUUUGAUUCCUACUUUUUACUCACCUUCUUUCUUUAGUUUUAUUGCUUUCUUUCCAUUCCCCCUUUUUUUUCUUUUCCUUCCUUCCUUCCUUCCUUCCUUCCUUCGGUAUCCAUUUUAUUUUUACCUUUCGUCUUUCCUCUGA